AUGUUCAUUCUUUUUUUCUUUUUUUUUUUUUUUACCUUUCUUGUUCUUUUUGGUCUUUUCAACUUCUCUCCUGUUUUCUUUCUUUUGUUGUUAUUUUUGUUGUCUGGUGUCUUCUUUCAAUUCUUUCUCCAUAUUCAUUUUCCUAUUUUUUUUUUCCUUUUUUGUCUGUCUGUCUGUCUGCUUCUCUCUCUCUCUCUCUCUCUCUCUCUCUCUCUCUCUCUCUCUCUCUUUCACACACAUAUUUUGCUUUAUUUAAAAAUUAGUGUCGUUUCUUUUUUCAUUCAUAUUUUUUUUUUAAUUUUAUUUUUCUAUUCUCUCUUUUUCUUUUUCACUUUAGUCACUUUAUUCCUCUCUCUAUUAUUUCUUUCUUGUUCUUUCUUUCCAUUUUAUCCCCCUUUCAUUUCUUUCUUUCUUAAUUAUUUUUUCACUUUUGCUUCUUCCUUCUAUUCCAUUUUUCCGUUUUCUUUCCUUCUUUCAAUUCUUUUUUUUAUCCUUAAUUUUUCUUCUUUUUUUUUUCAUUCUUCUCUUCUUUCUUUUUUCUUUCCUCAUUGCCUUUUUCUUCUUCUCUUUCCUUCUCUCUUUCAUCUUUUCUUUUUUCAUCCAUUCUAUUUCUUUCCUUCAUCUUUGUUCUUUUCUUUAUUUCUCCACACUUCUUUCCUUCUUCUUCAUUUCUUUCAUUACUUUUCCUUCUUUCUUUCUAUCCUCUUUGCCUUUUUCUUUCACCUUCUUUUUUAA